AUUCCCGGAUCCCGCCUGGACCCGGCCGCCGGCCGCCGGCUGGGAGAGUCCUCGGCUCGAACCCAGGCCCACCGCCGCUGGCUGGCCUUUUUGGACGCCCCCUUCAGCUUCCGGCCCGGGAUCGGCGCGGCCCCGGCCCCCCGCCCCGGCCCACGCGCGGACUCGCCCCAGGAUUUUCAGCGCGCCCCGCCGUCGCCCCCGGGAAGGAGGCGUCCUCCUGGUAGCCUGGCUUCCCUCUCUCCCCACACUCUCCCCGUGCACAUCACCGACGCGGCCCGGAGGAGACAGUCUGCCGUCAGGCGGUCCAUUGAGGCCAGGGAGGAGCGAGAGAGCGCGGGCGGGCGCUCGCCGGAGAAGAGCCGGGCGAUGCGCAAGUCUGUCCUGGCCUGGGCCGAAGCCAUGGACGUCCAUCACAGCCUCGAGGAGACGCUCAAAAAGAAGCUGCGGGAGAAACGGCGCAGCGAGAGGAAGAGGGCGGAGGAGUACGCCAAGGAGCUGGAGGCGAUGAAGACGCGCGUGGCCGCCCAGCCUUACCUGUUCGAGCGGGUCACCCAGGAGCAGGCCAGGAAGGAAGCGGAGCGGCGCUACCGGGCGGCCCUGCGGCGGGUCGGGCUGAGCGAGGACUUCGUGAAGAGGACGGGGCGAGGGGCCGGCCCGCCGGACACUUGGAGGACGCCACGCCGUCGCCGGGACGACGGCAACCUCGGGUACCUCCACCGCCCGCCUUUCCCGCCCCAUCCGUCGGUGCUACUUACUGAGCGCCUGCCGUGUGCCCGGCACUGGACUAAGCGCUCCCUGCCCGCAACAAGCUGACGGUCUCCGGGGCCGGGCUGUCGCUCUGGGGGACGCAGAGGACCUGGGUUCGAAUCCCCGCUCCGCCACUUCACUU